GCCGCUCCUUUGUACUUGCAGAUUUUUUUUUUUUUUUUUUUUGCUUGUCAAAUUUUUUUCUGGUACGAAAUCCUUCAUUUUUGGUUAAAGACCCUUUUUUUUCUUUAAAAUAAGAUUAUCUUACAAAUAUCAGAAUGCUACAGACAAAGAUAUCAAUCCAGAAAUUUUCAGCUCAUUUCAUUCUUUGAAAUACUGUAGAUUGUACCGGUAUAUUGCAGAGAUUAAAUAGUUUAUAUAUUGUAUUUUAAUCAGGUACAUAAUGGAAAGUUUUUUAAGUAUUUUUAAAGCAAUAAAUUUUGAAUUUUUUGUAAAAAAUAAUAGCAAAGAUUGAAUAAUGUUAGAAAUAUUGUAAUGGAUGAAACUGGAUUUUAAACCCAGUUUGUAACUUUGUUGAUGAUAGAUUUUUUUUUUAAAUCACCAUUUCAACUCUUGUUGCAAUUAAAAUUGCAAACCUUUAGGUCAGACAGGAAUCACUUAAGCUUUAUAUUCAAAUAUCAAGAUAUUGAUGAUAAAAAGUUCAUGUCUCAGUGUACCAUAAUACCAUGAAAAAUUCUUCUUGUUGGGUUGGCUUUUCUCUCUGUGUGUUUCAAGUUACUGCUCCAGUCCACACACAGGUUCUGCCUGCUUGGUGGUAUCGGGCAUGGCAUACGGCAAACGUCUAUUUGUUGCUUUGUUCUGGAGAGUUUUAUUUCAUCUAAAACUCCCAUGUAUUGUUGAAUGUACUCUUGAAAAAGAUAUGCAAUACCCUGUACCUCUUAUUCUGUCAGAAGCGAAUUUUCCUAAUUUUGACAAUGUUUAUCCAUCCUUUAAAGAGACCAUAUCACUAGUAAUCAUGAGUGCUGUGACAUUUUCCUUUUCUCUUUUUUUUUCCUUAAGGAGUCACGACUAAGCUGGUUACCUUUUGUAUCUUGGCCCUGACAGGGGCAGCAUCCACCAGCGUUUUCCCUGCCAUCAACAUAUAUGCAAUCACUUCUACAGUAGUGCAGGUUGUCUCCAACACAGCAGCUGUGCAAAAGACUACUUCCCCUUAAGCAGAGUCACGACUAAGCUGGUUACCUUUUGUAUCUUGGCCCUGACAGGGGCAGCAUCCACUGGCGUUUUCCCUGCCAUCAACACAAUCACUGCUACAUUCAUUUUUGGACUGAGAAUAUGGCAAAUUUCUACCGCCUUCGUCAGCUUGACAGGGUCAGAGAGGCGGAAAUGAGGCCAGAGAGGGGACUCACAGAUCACAAGAAUCCAUUUGAAUUGUAUGACGAUCGUGAUUUCAAGAUUCGAUACAGAUUUACAAAACACACAGCACUCUACCUCAUCAACAUGCUUGAAGGAGAUCUCAGUAGGAACACAGAUCGAAAUAAUCCACUACCUGUUGUGGUACAAGUCAUGACUGCUCUGCGUUUUUAUGCCGUAGGUUCAUUCCAAAUUAUGCAUGGUGAUGAGGCAUCAAUAUCUCAGCCAUCUGUGAGCCGAGUCAUCAAGAAGGUUUCAGAAGCUAUUGCAAGAAGGAAACGGGAAUUCAUGAGAUUUCCAACGAGAGACGAACUUGAAACAACGCAGCAGCAAUUCUAUGAGUACUGCGGCUUUCCCGGGGUCAUCGGUGCUAUAGAUGGGACCCAUGUCUACAUCAGGAGUCCUGGUGGGGAACAAGCCCUGUUUUUCCUUAACAGGAAAAACAGGUAUUCAGUUAAUGUACAGGUUGUCUGUGAUCAUGCUGGGAAAAUGACAAGUAUCGUGGCAAGGUGGCCUGGCAGCACUCACGAUUCAAGGAUUUUCUCUGAGAGUUCGCUGAAACAACAGCUGGAGGCAAGGGCAGAAGGUACUGGGUGGCUACUUGGAGAUAGUGGGUACCCCUGCCUCCCGUUCCUGAUGACCCCCAUCCUACAUCCUCAUCCAGGGCCACAGAUGCGCUACAAUAAUGCCCAUAAAAGAGGACGGUGCGUUAUUGAGCGCACCUUUGGCCGUUGGAAGAGGAGGUUCCCUUGCCUCAAUGAUCUGCGCGUGAAGGUGGACACUACCUUUACUAUUAUAGUGGCAUGCUCGGUUCUUUGGAAUAUCUCUCUCACUCGUGGAGAGCAAGAUAUUCAAGAACUUGAGCCAAUUGAUGAUGCAAUGCCACCUGACCACCUUCCUCCUGGCCUCCGUGAUGCUGUCGCUGGUAGGCUCAGGAGAGAACAGAUUAUUGAGGACCAUUUUACCCACCCUUAGAAUCUCCAGAGUAGCCACUCGGUACCAUCUGCUCAGGCAACAGUUGUUCUUUCAGUUACUCCAGUGAAAUUCC